UGGGUUCGGAUUUUUUGGACAAAACACGCUCCACGACAUCACCGGCAGCCCUCCCUUUGCUAUUGCUUAUUGCUUGGAUACACUCGCACGAAACGCCCAUAUUGCUUGCUAAUUUUGGUAUUGUUUAAUCCGCGGCCUCGGUUCAUUUGUCAUCAUGAACGCGCCUGAUCGCUUCGAGCUCUUCCUCCUCGCCGAUGGGGAAGAGAAGAUCACGGAGACCAUCAACACCACCAUGUCAAAUUGCUCCGACUUCACUUUCAUGAAGGAGGACCACACGUUGGGAAACUUGCUCUGCGAGCACCUCAAGCAGCAGCCCAACGUCCUGAUGGCGGGCUACAAAGUCGGCCACCCGAACGUGCCCGAGUUCUUCCUGCGCAUCCAGACGGACGGCAAGGUCACGCCCAAGGUCUGCCUGGUCGAGGCGUGCCGGACCAUCGUCCAGCUCCUCAGCCAGAUCAGCAGCCAGUUCACGCGCGAAUUCGAGCUGCGCCGCAUGGUCGCUGCCGGCGAGCAGCAGAACGGGGACCAGGCCGGACACGGCUACUGACGCGUCUUGGCUGGGACGUGGGCCUGUAUUUCAAUCCGUUCUUUUGGUCUGGCUCUGGGGUUUCAUUUUUUGUUUCUCUUAUCAGCGGAAACUAGCCAAGGCUGUACCAAGGGGGGCAUAUUGUUUGGCGCCACGGCGUUUUCGGGCUCUUCUUUUAUGGUAACGGAGGGUGCCUUGAAGAUUGGUAUUUAUGGCACCGUUAUUUCCAUGCAAUUCUGAUGCGUCCAUCUUCUCAGCAUUCGCGGCAUCGUCAGGAGCGGCGCGCACAACAAACUUGAGAGAAACCACAGUUGGUCCAUUCAGAGAGCAGCUGUUGGUAAUUACAGAAAAGAUUAAUCCUGGUGUAGAUUUUCCAUCUAUCAGCCCUCUCCCCCACAUCAUCAUGGUAGAGUCUCAGCCUCAAAAUCUUC